AUGGAGUCCUCGGUGGCCCAGGUGAAGGUCAACUUCACGACGACGCAUGAAGAUCUCCAGCUCGACGAGAGUAAGAGGCAACUUCUCGUGCCAGCAGACAUCAAGCGGUAUGGCCUCUCCAGGAUAUUGAACUCGGAGUCGAUGCUCAACACCUCGUCUCCCGUACCUCUCGACUUUCUUGUCAACGGUAACUUCCUCCGUACGACUAUCGAAGAAUACCUCCAAUCCAACGGCCUCUCCUCCGAAUCUACAAUCACCCUGCAGUACGUCCGUAGCUUGUUGCCUCCCGUCUACGAGGCCUCUUUCGAGCACGACGACUGGGUCGCUGCCGUUGACGUCCUCUCCGCCACCUCCCCUGCGGGCAUCUGGUCCGGCGAUGCCCUUACCCAAGGCCAGGAUCGUAUCCUGUCCGCAAGCUACGAUGGCCUCGUCCGCAUCUGGGACGGCUCCGGCCAGUGCCUCGCGACCUCCGCCUCUGCUCGCGCUGGUGGACACUCCAAGCUCCUCAGCGAUGCAAAGUUCCUCUCGUCUACGCAAAUCGCCUCCGUCGGACUGGACCAGAAGGUCGUCGUCUGGAAGUACACUGAAUCCGCGGACCGCUUCUCCGGCGAGCUGAAGCCCACCUUGGAACUGCACGGCCACAAGAAGAUGAUCAACUCGCUCGAUGUCCACGGCCCUUCGAAGAGGAUGCUCACCGCCUCCGCCGACGGCCGCGUUGGUCUGUGGGUAGCAUCCAAGAAGGACUCACCCGAGGUCGACGUCGAGGAUAUCCCUACCAAGCGCGCAAAGACGGCUGGCUCCUCCGUCUCCGUCCCCCAGAGGGGCGCCAAGGCCAUGAUCAAUGCCCACGAGGGCGCCUCCGCCACCGCCGUCGCUUUCAAGCCCGCCGACAAGACCGUUGCCUACUCCGCCUCGACUGACCACACUCUCCGCACCCUCGACCUCGAGACCGCCAGCGUCGUCUCGACCCUCACAACUCUGCACCCGCUUCUCUGCAUCGCGCCCAUGCAGGGUUCUUCUUCCUUGGUAGCAGCCGGCUCGGCCGCCCGCCACGUCACCCUCCUCGACCCCCGCGCCUCUGCCCAGGCGACCUCGGUGCUCACCCUCCGUGGCCACACCAACAUGGUUUCCGCGCUGGCCCCCUCCCCCGAUAACGAGUACAGCUUGGCUAGCGGCUCGCACGACGGCACCGUCAAGAUCUGGGACUUGCGAAGCGUGAGGCCGGCGACCAAGGACGAGGGCGGCGGCAGCGUCAGCGAGGCCGUGUAUACUAUCGGCAGGGAGUGGCUCAAGGGCAAGAAGGCGCCGUUGGGAGGCGAGGGAGCCAAGGUGUUCGGGCUCGCAUGGGACAAGACUUGGGGAAUUGUUAGUGGCGGUGAGGAUAAGAAGGUACAGAUCAACAGGGGGAGAGACCUCGUUUCUUCUUAG